CCAAGAAAUGCCUCUCUCUCUCUCUCUCAGUUCCUAUUAGGAGACCGUUGCACUCCAAAUCAUAAAAGCCCGAUCCCAUUCAUCUCCGUAUGAUCUCUCUCUCUUCUCUGUGUGGCAAUUGAAGCUCGAGGGCAUGACUGUGGCAAACGUAGCCGCCAGCCAUUGCAAGAAAGCGAUGAAGCUGGGGCUCUCCCUCAUCCGCAGAGGCUUCAACUCCUCCAAAUGCAAGACAAUGACGAAGAUGGCGGUGGCGAGGAUAAAGCUGUUGCGGAACAAGAGAGAGGCGCUGGUCAAGCAGAUGAGGCGUGACAUCGCUUUGCUUCUUCAGUCUGGUCAGGAUGCCACCGCUCGCAUUAGGGUUGAACAUGUUAUAAGAGAACAAAAUAUCAUGGCUGCAAAUGAGAUCCUUGAGCUCUUCUGUGAACUGGUCGCAAGAAGGCUUACAAUUAUUGCAAAACAAAGGGAAUGCCCCGCAGAUCUGAAAGAAGGGAUAGCAAGUUUAAUCUUUGCAGCCCCUCGUUGCUCAGACAUUCCAGAACUGUUGGCAAUUCGGGACAUUUUUGAGAAGAAAUAUGGGAAAGAUUUUGUUUCCACAGCUACUGAUCUACGACCCAACUCUGGUGUAAACCGAAUGCUUAUUGAAAAGCUAUCUGUUAGAACCCCUAGUGGUCAACUCAAAUUGAAGGUGAUGAAGGAAAUAGCCAAGGAAUAUCAGAUUGAAUGGGAUACAACAGAGUCUGAGAAGGAGCUUCUCCAGCCUCCAGAAGAGCUUAUAGAAGGACCACGUACUUUUGUUAGCGCCUCCAGCCUGCCUGUGAAGCCAAUAGCAAAGCAAUCUACCGAGACAGACAAGCAGCGAACCACGAUUUGCUCAGAAGGGGAUGCGGAUCAUUUUGAAGACACUGCAUCAGCUGCUCAAGCAGCUGCUGAGUCUGCAAAGAAGGCAGUGGCUGCAGCAGAAGCUGCAGCCUAUCUGGCAAAGACAGCCCACAACCUCCAGGUUUCCAAUAACAUGAAUGUUUACAGUGUUAAUAAGCAAGACCAUGGCUCUCUUCUCGACAAUCCUACUGGGAUUUUCAUGCCAUAUCAUUCACAAAGUUUUGGAGGGUCUCAUUAUUCAAGCAAUGAAGACAAAGUUUCCACCAAGGAUGCUGAAAAGGCUAAUAGGAGACACAGUUACAAUGCUGCAUCAUCACAUUCUGAUAUAAAGUUUGAUGAAUCAGACUGCGACGAAGAAAUUGACCUUGAACAUCCACCUUCUGCUGAGAUGGAUUUACUGCCCAACCGGCCUGCUCCUCAGGUACCUUCAACUAAUCUUAAACAGGUUCCAAUCCCUAGAAUUCAUCCGAAAUUGCCAGAUUAUGAUGGACUUGCUGCACGUUUUGAAGCUCUCAAAUAUCAUAAAAAAUCCAAAACAUAAAUGCAUCAACUGGUGAUUUUUGCAAAUUUUAUCUUCAAUUUUAUUUUUGCAUUAUGCAUAUAUGAUAUUAGAUGUUCUAAAUAAUUUGGAUUACAAGUGUUUACUAUAUUUCUGUACCAUGUUCUUGAACUUCAUGUUUGCUGCUACUGCAAAUUAUCUGGGUUAUAUUGAAACACAAUUGUUUAAGUUUGUGUUUCUCCCUAUAAUAUUUCAAGUAGAAGUAAGUCCUUAAUAGCAAUGGUACAGUUAUUUAUCUUAACUAGAAUGUUAUAGUUCAAGUUGUGAAAAUGGUCUCGGAACGCUAUACAAAACAGGUCAACGGUAUAAUGUAAAUGAUUUUUUUUUUUUUUUGAAAUGUAAAACUAAUUAAAUGUGUGGUAUGGUUUUUUAAGUAGUAGAAAAAGUUUGUGAGAUGAAUUUUGGUGGACUUUUAAAAAUUCUGCAUCUACAUUAACCUUCAGUGAAUUGGGAAAACUCAAAAAAGCCCCAGAUGGGCUCUAUUUCAAGCACAACAAUGGCCAGAUUCAACACUGUUGGUUAAUGCUAUACAAAAUUCAUUUGAAGAAGAAAAAGGGAAUCAAAUUGACUUACAAAAACAUUGUUUGUGAUGUCAUUCCACUUGUUUUGUAUAAAAUUUUUAUAUAAAUAUCAUCUAUAAAAAAUAUGACAUAGUGUUACUAUUCUUAGGGUUUCUAAAAACAUUGAGUGAAAAGAUGAAUCACAUUGACCCAUUUAUAAAGAACACUAUCACAUCAUUUUACAAAUUUUUGUACAAAAAUUCCAUAUAAAUGUCAUCUUUAUAUUAUAAAACCUUGACACAUAGUGUUACCAUUCUUAGCAUUUCUAAAAACUCUUUAUUGAGUCAUAAUCAUGAAAAUAUUAUUGUCUCAUCAUUUUGUAAAUUUUUAAUUUUUGUAUAAAAGUUUCAUCUAAAUGUCAUCCUUCUUUUUGUAAAACCCUUGACAUAGUAUCCUUUUAGGGUUUUUAAAAUUUUUAUUGAUUAUUUUGAAAUCCAUAAAAAUAUAAGUUGUUACAAUUGGGGAUUUCAGAUUUAUGCAAUAAACGCACCUAUAAUGAGCGUUUAUAUAGUUUAAACUAUAAAUGUUUGAUAGUAGGGGCAAUUUUUAAAAAGAAAUAAAAUCCCUUGCCAACAAACUUGCUUGUGUGUCAUUCAUGCCUAUAGUUUGGGAGGCUACUGUUUUGGUCAUAUUAGUUAAUCAAAAAACUCCAUAAUUGGUACAAUAUGCCUUAAUAAAAGAAUAUCUUUACAUCCUUAUUUGUAACAAAUAGAUAAAAUAUACAAGGAUAGUGGGGUUACAUCCUUAUUUGUAACAAAUAGAUAUAUAUAUAUAUAUAUACAUGCACACCAUAUAAACAUGCCUUCAAAGAGAUUUUGAACUCUAAUUUGUUUUUCAAUUUCCCUACUUCUAAAGGUUUGUA